ACCACGCCCAAGGGUCCCUGUCACAAUGUCACACAGUCGGCCUACAGCCCCCAGACUUCCUCGUUCGCGAGCGCAAAGACUACAUACGUUUAAGGCUUCACAUAUUAGACUGUUUCAACACAAACUGUCACUACAAUACGCACUUUGCAGACUAGAAUGUCGGCAUGUUCACUUGUCGGCGACGAAAGGCACUCCGCCCAGUCCGCAAUGUGCGUAUGCAUGACAAUUAGCUAAGAGGUGACCACAGCGCCACUUGGCUUGCGUCCUGGGCGUGCCAGGCCGUGCGGGCCCGAAACAAUCGUUACCCCCUGUCCGGGGAUCGUCACCCCCGUUUUUGGAUCGUUAUCACCAUUUGGGUGCCAUAGGGCAGUCGACGCCUGCUGCACAUGGGCAGCCAGGGGCACCGGCGUCCUUCACGUUGCACAAUAGCAGUAGCGGCGAGCGCGGCCGGCGCGGACGAGGGAGCCCCAAUUGAUACCAUCACGGCCAUCGAGGAGGCCGCCAAGAAUGAAGCAAAAGAGCGGGUGUCGCAGGCGGAAGAGCUGGUGGCCGAGGCGAAGGAGGCCGCCGAGAAGAAGGGGACCCUGAAGGAUACCAUCACAGCCCUCAAGCUGCUGGAAAUCGCGCAGCUGGUCAAGGAGGCCAACAAGGCCAAGCAGAAGGCCGAGGAGGCCAAGCAGAAGGCCGAGGAGGCCAAGCAGAAGGCCGAGGAGAAGGCCAAGGAGGCGAAGAAGGCCCAGCUCGCCGCCGAGGACAUUACCGGCCUCCAUGGAAUCUUUUGGUUGGUCGUGCUGGUCGGACUCAUUAUGUGGCCGAGUCGCCGGCAGGAGAGCAGCUUCCAGGCCCAGCCCCCUGGGGUCACCUAUGUUUUUGUGUCUGAAGCCACUUAUUACAAUUAUGUUCGUUUGCCUCAAGCCGGUCGGCCAUCUCCAAUUGCGGAAGACAUGCUGUAAAGCCUAGCGUUUCUUGAAAUGUAAAAUAUACACAGGCAUGAAGAAGUUAUCUCCAUGAUAACCCACGGUGAGACAUUAGGUGAAUUGUCUGUUGCUUCUGUGUAUACAUUUGCAAGCUUACAAUUUUAGAGCCUAGGCAUUCCAGAGCCAAGACUCAGUGGCGCAGUGGGCCUGGCUGUGUUGUGCACCUGUGAUUAUUGCACUAUGCCCAAUGCAAUGAAUCAAAGAGGCAGUGGUUGAUUGGCAAGGUAGCGAGCUGAUUAAGCUGAUCAAUGGGUUGCUUGCCCUAGUUCUGGUGUUUCAACUAGGUCUUCUGGGAGUACUGGGAGCGCCUGUUUGGGCUGUGGGCCACUGCUUCGUAUCCUGGCAUAUUGUGUGGCCAGACAUUUAGAGCAUUGAGCUUUGGAUUUGACAAAGUGAGCUGUGACUUAAUUAACCAAAAUAACCAUGUAGGCAAUGUGUGGACCUAGGCAGUGGGGACCGUUCAUGUGGCUGCCUAGGUCAACACAUUGCGGACCAGGUUAUCAAUCCUCAAGUUUGUUAAGAACAAAUAUGUGCAAGCUUUGAGGUCUAGGAGGUCAAGGGCUUAGCUGUACAUUGCAUGCAUCUUUGAGACUUAAGCACAUGAUGGCACAUACAAGAGAUGAACAGAGAGAGAAGGAAGGAGGUAGUGGACAUGUGUGUGGACAUGUGUGUGCAGGCUAUGGGUGUCUGCCACCCACCCUGUUCACUGCCUUCUGGAAAGGGAGGGCUUACAUUUGCCCAGGUUGCUUGGGGGAAGGUGGGUGUUCAUAAUUGUGCAACUAGUAGGCAGUCAGAUGGAGGCAGUUAGACUUAGGGACACAUUAAAUAGGUGGCAGCAUUGCACUACUGGUCCAACACAACAUUGUUACAUUUGCAUAUGGAUUUUAGAUCUAUGGCCAAAAUGUUGAUGGAUUCAGGGGUGGCCCACAGGGGGGGCAUCAUGCCAAGGGGUCUGAACAUGUUCCCCUCACGCAUGCACAUGCGGCAAUUGUGAAACAUGAUCAUUGAAAUGCGUGAACACACAUGUGUUUGAUUGCGGAAGCACAUGUGUGCACACGUUCCAUUUUCUGAUGUUAAAUGCAUUGUGCCAACGGACCCUGCUGUAGCUCCAAUACGAGGCUCAAUCUGUUGUUUAGCAGCCACAAAGUCCUUCAAUGUGCAACUUAGUGUUGUGCUGUGUUAUCCUUUCAGGAAAAGGACUAGCUAGCAGAUGACAGACCACCAUUUCCGCAACACGGCACUACACUUAGGCUCAAAGCAAGCCAUUGGAGACUAGUUAUGAUCUAGAGUC